AUGACAGUGACAGAUACCAUAUCAUCGUUCGAAGCCGGUCCUUCAAAGCCCUCGACGACUCAAACGCAGUACACUCAAUCAACCCCUCACAUUGACCAUGGAACGUUUACUCGUCCGACCGGUGACGAGCGUGACAAUGGCGCCCAUGGAAGCAAGCUUCAAUUCUGGAUUGAUCGUAAAGUCACAUUAGCCUUCUUCCCACUGUGCCUAUUGACUUUGAUGGUAGCGCUCGAAGCUGCCUCACUCUCUAUUGCACUUCCAGUCGUGACUGAAGAUUUAGGUGGCUCGGCCAUUGAGGCUUUCUGGAGCGGAACCUCAUUUGUCUUGUGUUCUGCGUGUUGUCAGCUGAUUUUUACAUCACUAUCAAGUGCAUUUGGUCGCCAACUUUUGAUUAUCAUUGCAGUCAUCUUUUUCCUCGUGGGGACUAUUGUGUCUGGCGUGGCGAUAAACUUCACCCAGAUGUUAGUGGGCCGCUCCAUUCAGGGUACCGGUGGGGGUGGCAUUAUUGCCCUUAGUGAGGUAUCUGUCGCCGACAUGAUUCCGUUCCGAUUGCGAGGUGCGUAUUGGGGUGUUCUGGGGUCGAUGUGGAGCGUCGGAUCUGUUAUCGGGCCUAUAAUGGGAGGUGGUUUCUCAACGAAUUCGGACUGGAGAUGGAUCUUCUAUAUCAAUAUUCCAGCUGCAACUCUUUCGAUCCCUCUAAUACUUAUAUACUUGAAAAUCAAGACCAAGAAGACAGCCAGGCGGGAGAAGCUCAGGAAUUUUGACACAGUCGGAUUAGUCCUUUUCGUAUGCAGCACUGCAUCCUUCCUGGUGGCUCUCAGCUGGGGCGGAGUGAUGUAUGCAUGGCAUUCUUGGAGGGUGCUAGUACCCUUGAUCAUUGGGACUAUCGGCAUGAUUGGGGUGAUGGUCUACGAGACCCAUAUCCCCAAAGACCCGAUUUUGCAAAUCUCAGGGAUCGACAACCACUCUUUAUUAAUCAGUUAUAUUGGCACAGUGUUACAAGGGCUUACGCUUUGGUGUAUCCUGUAUUAUCUCCCUCUCUAUGGGGAAGCAGUACACGGCUUCAAGCCCCUCUCAGCUGGAGUCGCAGCUCUACCACUUGCAUUUGCCAUUGCUCCGAGCGCCUGCGUGUCAGGAAUUGCUGCGGUGGUCACAGGGCGCUACCGGAUGAUCAUCUGGAUCGGUUGGGCUGUCGCUACCCUAGGCUUCGGUAUACUCUGCUACUUUGAUCGGACAACGAAGGGGGCUAUUUGGAUCGCUCUUAUUGCAAUCCCAGGCUUAGGCCUGGGUGCACUUGUGACAAGUAUUGCGUAUGCCAUUCAGGCUUGCUCGGAGACUCGCCAUUUAGCCACUGCGACUGCACUCUUUAGCUUCUUUCGUGCAUUUGGGCAGUCGCUCGGUGUGGCCAUUGGCGGCGUGAUCUUUCAAAAUCGCAUGGAGGCAAACUUGCAAAGGUACCCAGCCUUGGCACCGAUGGCAAAGAAGAUAAGCCACAAUGCUGUCGCUAUGGUGGGAGAGAUGCAGACCGCACCACCAUCGCAGAACAAGGAUGAUCUCCGCCAAGCGUAUACCGACAGUCUACGGGCUGUCUGGGUUUUUUGCUGCAUUUGUACAGCAGUUGGGGGUAUUGUGAGUCUCUUCACGAAGGAGUACAGUAUAGAUCAAAAUCAUGACACGGACCAAGAGCUUGAAAGGUAA